AUGGAGCUCAUUAAUUAUUCAAUACCAGCUUUAGAGAAAAAACUUGAAGCUCUUGAGGGCAUCAAGUCACCCGGGCCUUCUCCUAAACCUGAAUCAUUAUUAAUUCAAAUUUCUGAUGAAGAAAACAUUCAGGUCUUACAUGAAGAAGAAGUUGAGAUCGUUAAUAAUGAUACUCUUGAGCCUGAAAACCGUGAAAAUGAUGAAAAUGCUAGGAAAAGAUUAAGAUUUUCAUUAGACUCUGACGCAGAUAAAAAAGAAGAUGAUACAACAAGUACAUUAAAUUUGACAGGUGUUAAGAGUUCCGUAAGUCAGCAACUUGGAGGUUUUCAAAAUCCAUCAACAUCCAGUGAGGCUCCGCAAUUUAUAACCAAAGAAGAUUUAGAGAAAGCACUGGCAAAAAUGAAACAAUGUUAUCGAGUUCCUCAAGAAGCAGGUGUUUCUUCAUCCAAAACUAAAAAAUUUAAAACAAAAGAAAAAAAAGUGGAACUCGGGUACGAAGGAUCGAAUGUUUUCAUUACUGAUGAUCAGUGGAGAGAUGCAAAAAGAAAAAAUUCAUUUACAUCAAUGGCAACCUCAUUACUUGUUUCAACGUUUUCUCCUGAAGUAUUAUUAAUUAGUAACUACAAAGGAGGAAAAUCAAAAAAUACGGAUGAAAAGGCUCCAAAAUAUGAAGCAUUCGAUCCAAAAAUUGUGAAUGCAAUUAAAGGUACGAUAUAA